UUUGCAAACAUGGCCCGCGCCACUCCCGUGCAACUGAUUUUCUAGCAAGAUGGCGGAAUUAGCUUGUGAUAGCGAAACUGCUAACGUGCUUUGAUGUGUACUCAUAAAUACGUUCGGUUUGUCGAAGCAGACGCCCGGGCGAUUGCCCAAGUGUCGUAGUUUCUUGCACACGGAGCAAUUUUUGUCCUGUUAUAACCGAUGUUUCCGGUGUUUAAUUGUAAUGUAACAGCGGCGUCCUCGACGAAGCACGUAGCUAACGUACACGCUUCCAAGUUAACCUGCUAGCUAGCUCCUUCCAUAACGAACUGUCGUCAGCGCAGUCAUGGCUUUCAACUGGGUUAUUAUUACAUCAUUUUUGCCCAAAUCAAUAUAUCAAGCCACCAAACCGCCCUCUUUUUUUAUUGCCGUUCUCCUGAUUUUAUAUAGCUUACUUGCCAAGACGACGUGUUUUUAAGUCAGAAUUUGAUAGGUCCUCGAUCCUUCACAUUUCCACACGCAUCGUGGUGACUUGCCUUACAACUUUUACUCGUUCAACCACAGCCAAGCGGAGCCCGUUUUCUUAUCCCUCCCAGUUUUCACCUGUAUACCAGACCAGUGUCCCCAGUCCCUGUUUUUCCACUCUCAGAGAGGAUCAUGGACAAAGAUGACCAGCAAGAUGAUUCUUCUUCAUUCACCACAGAGACAAAUGGUAAGCGCCCCGCUGAAGAUGCAGAUCAGCAGAAAUCGUUCAAGCGCUCCAGGAGCUCGGACGAGAUGAUUGAGCUACGCAUCCUCCUGCAGAGCAAAAAUGCAGGAGCUGUAAUCGGCAAAGGUGGCAAAAACAUCAAAGCACUGCGUUCAGACUACAAUGCCAGUGUGUCAGUCCCAGACAGCAGUGGGCCCGAGCGCAUCCUGUGCAUCUGCGCUGACAUAGAGACCAUCGGUGAGAUCCUGCUCAAGAUCAUCCCCACCCUGGAGGAGUACCAGCAGUACAAUGGCCUGGAUUUUGAGUGUGAUCUGCGUCUACUGAUCCACCAAAGUCUGGCUGGAUCCAUCAUUGGAGUGAAGGGAGCCAAGAUUAAGGAGCUCAGAGAGAACACCAAGACCAGUAUCAAGCUGUAUCAAGAUUGUUGUCCUCAGUCAACAGACCGUGUUGUGCUGGUUGGUGGUAAAAUAGAGCGUGUGGUUGAGUGUGUCAAGACCAUCCUGGAAGUCAUCCCUCUCGCUCCCAUUAAAGGCCGCUCACAGCCAUAUGAUCCCAAUUUCUAUGACGAAACCUAUGAAUAUGGAGGGUUCACGAUGGCAUUCGAGGAGAGGGGUAGCAGCAGCAGCCGUCGGCUAUUGAGCAGCUACCCCAUCCGAGGAAGCAGACCAAGUGCAGGUGACCGCGGCUACGAUCGCAUGUCCUCCAGCAGGUCGUCGCGCGGACCGCUGCCCCCCUCUCGCAGGGAUUAUGACGACAUUAGCCCCAGGCGGGGUCCUCCCCCGCACCACCAGAGUAGGAAUCGUGGUAACACUAUGUCCAUGGGUCGCUCACACAGAGGCGGAGAUGACCGUUACUACGACUCAUACCGUGGCUCAGAUGAAAGGUCAAAUGACAGAAGAGGCAGACCGGAUCGCUACAGCGAUAACAUGAGUGGAGGAUAUGACAACAGUUCCUCCUGGGAUAACUACCAGUCAGGUGGACGGGGCUCCUACAAUGACCCGGUCAUCACCACACAAGUGACCAUCCCUAAAGAUCUGGCGGGCUCCAUCAUCGGCAAGGGCGGGCAGCGAAUCAAGCAGAUCCGACACGAUUCUGGGGCUUCCAUCAAGAUCGAUGAGCCUCUGGAGGGUUCCGAGGACCGCAUCAUCACGAUUGUGGGCACCCAGGAUCAGAUCCAGAAUGCCCAGUACCUUCUACAGAACAGUGUGAAGCAGUACUCUGGUCAAUUGCUGUAGACACCCCCCAGGAUUGAUUCGAGCAGACCCCCCCCCCUUGCCCCUCCCCCAUAAUCCCCCUCCCCCAGACAUUAAUCUGGACUGUGGGUACUUUUUUUUUGGGGGGUGGUAAUUUUAUUUUUGUAUUUUUAAUGCAAUGUUCCACAUUCCUGUGCAUCGAAAAUGUUCUGCAUUGUUUAAAAAAUUUUUUAGUUCUAUAGUUUACCUGCUAACUGUUUCCAGAUAUACUUAUCAUAUAAAAUGUCACAUGGCAGAUGAAAAUAACCUAAUUUGUGAUGCUUUUGGUUUUUGUGUGUUUAGUGCUGACUUACACAUCCCAUUACUGCUCAAAAAACAUCUGUGAUGUAAGAUGACUUUGUUAUUUUAGGUUUUGGGACGUGUCAGGACACUAGCUAACUAUUAGAAUAUUCUUAGGUGUUGUCGUGUGAUUUAAAUUCAGUAGUGUCCAUCCAGUCAGAAAGCUGCAACGAUGUUUGUAAAUUUUUCUGGGAAAUAAAGAAAAAAAACCCACAUGCCUGUGUCGUCAUCUACAGUCGAGUUGAUGUCCAUGCUGUAAAACCUUUUUGUCAAAUUGUAAAAUGAAUAAAGAUGCCACUUUUUACUCA